ACCGACCCGACCGUCUCCCUCAUCCGACGGAAGAACAGAACCUAGCCAACACACAACUUUGCCUUUGUAGAGGACGGGCAACUAUAUUAUUAGUCUACUGGUGACUAACUGAACACAAAUACCACCACAUUUUUAAAAAACAAAGAGCAACAACACCAUGUUUUUCUGGACCCGCCCCUGGACGACGCAAGUGUUGGUGGCGUUGGCAUCGAGCGACAAAGCCAUGCCGACGAUUCCCGAAUGGAUCUUUGAAGUGUGGAUGGAUUCCUUCUUGCUGCUGCCGUUGGCCAUUGUGGUGGGACAGGUACACAUUCGAUUGUCCGCUUCGCUCAAACUGCCCAAGGCCGUCCGAGCGAGCCUUCCACCCGCCAUUUGGACCCUUUUGCUGCAGUGUCUAUUCAGUGACGUUUUCUUUCGUCUCUUGCUCUGGAGUGUCGCCGGACUGGUGGAUCUUCAGGAAGAUACAAUUAUUGCGACAACCGACGGAUGGAAGGAUCACUGGGGGUGGAAUGGACCUUUUAUUCUGUUCACCGUUCGUCUCGUCGUCGCGAUACUGGGCGUUGCCGUGGGAGAAACCUUUUUCCCUUUGGUCCUGACGGGUGGCAUUGCCUGUGGCAAAAGCACCAUCUCCAAGUUACUGGCGGAAAAGGCCCAGUUUCACAUGAUUGACGCCGACAAAAUUGGACAUCAGAUCCUAUUGCCACCGUGGCACGAACAGCUGAAUCAACCCGAUGCAUUGGUGACGCCCAACGAUUCCGUCUAUGUGCGAAUACUAGAAACCUUUGCCAAUGACGCGGAUCAGGCAGCGGCGGCUGCUACGGAAAACAAUGAUAGCAAACUGGGAACCGCCGUGGCCGGAAUCCACGACAAACACCCCUUACUCGACGACGACAAGAAUAUCGAUCGGACCAAAUUGGGAGCCCGGAUCUUUGCCACUCCCGCCGAACGCCAAAAGCUCAAUGCCAUUACGCAUCCCAAAAUCUUUUAUUGUCUCAUCAAAAACAUGGCCAAAUCGCUCUAUUUUGGCAACGACAAGCCCUUUGUGUGUGCUGAAGUACCGCUCUUGUUUGAAAGUGGAGCCUUGCGGUAUAUUUUUGGAAUGGUCUUGGUGGUGGCAUGUACCGAAACGCAACAAUUCAACCGCCUCCACAAACGAAAUCCCGAAUUGUCGGUAGAAGAAUGUCAAAAGCGGAUCGAAUCCCAACUCCCCAUGACGGUCAAGGUCCAACGAGCGGAUAUUGUAUUGUGGAAUGAUCAAGACUAUUCGUCGUUGUCGUCCAACAACAAAAAGGAGGAGGAGAGUGAUGAGAAGAAGAAAGGGGCACCACAGGAGGAGGACGAAACGGUCAAGGCGCAGCGUGAAGCGGCCCUGUCCAAGCAAGUAGACAAGGCAGUGCGGAUGGUGCGACAAAAAACGGGUGGGAUCAUGGAAACCACUCUGUCACGAUUGAUGCUCCUGCUGAGUGCGUCCGUGGUCCUAUCCGCUUGCUUUAAAUUGUUCACUGGGAAUGUAUGAAACGAUAACAAUUAACAUCAAUGAGAAUGAUACCGUAGAGGAAGGGAUGGCCGUCGUUAUGCUGGUGUCGUCAACGUACGUCAGCAGUGGAUUUCAUGCUUCCUCCAAUUUUGCCCAAAUCAUGCUACCAUAAAUAGUCAAGAGACAGAACAGCUUGCUUGCCACUGAGGGUCUGGCCUCUUCAAACAAUGCUGUUUGAUGCUUGCACCACCGCAGUGAUUCUGUAUCCCUUAGAAUGCCAACACAACAAAAGACAGGUACUUGGCAGAAACUGGGUACUUGGGGGUUGCACACACCUAACUGUAGAGGACAGUAGCUAUGAAAGGAGUAGUUGACUUGGUCAGCCCAGUUUGAGCUGUUAAUGUUCCAUACUUGAUUGAACCAAACAAAAAGAGCAUGAUGUCAACGGUUCAGAACAGAAUGAUGGACACUGGUUGAGUUCAAGAGCAAAGCAGGCCUGCUGGAUAUAGCUGCAUCGACAACAUCCACUGAAACAACCAGAUGAUGCUGAAAGGAGUUGCGCUGUUUGGAAGAUUCUGUAGCUCGGGACUCCUAUCAACUGGGGGCUUGGCUUUGUUGUGGGAUCAAAUGGUAGAACACAUCAUUGGGAAAUUGGAAUACAUGUAUUGAUUUCGCAGCACAAAGAGAAGCCUGGCCCUUGCUGCCUUGCGGCCUUGCUGGCUUCCGUAGAUAAUCCACCGCUAAUGGAUAAAUAAACUCUCUAGG